AUGGCAGCAAUGGAGGCCUUGCUUAUGGAGAAUGCUGCGGAGGGAGGCUCGGAGGCAGGUUCCUCAGGAGCUGGGCCUGGUGCGGGAGGGGACAAGGUGUUUGGGCUUGGGGCCUGCGCGGGAGAAGAAGAGCUUGGUGGAGGAGUUGAAGGAGCAUGUGUUGCUGGUGCUGGUGAAGGAGGCGUCUUUGCCGCCGGUGAUGGAGCAGGUGCUGACGUGGAUGGUGGUGGUGGCGGUGGUGAUGGGGUUCUUGAUGGUGGUUGCGUGGGUGCAGGCCCAGGAGCUUGCGCUACGCAUGCGGUAACCAAAAGCCCAAACAUCACAAACACUUUAACUGCGGUGUAA